AUGGAGAAGCCGCCGAGCUCGUCGAGGCCGGCGGCCCUCGCGCGUGGCGCCAACAGCGACGAUAGCAUUAGGAACAACGUCAAAGGCCACGAAAGAAGUACCGAUGACAGCAGCAGCGACAGCGGCAGCGAUAGCAGCAGCAGCAGCAGCAGCAGCGGCGGUGACUCCGACGACUCCGGCGACGGCGAAAGCCAAACCGCGAGCAACAACAACGCCGCCGCCGCGACGAACACCGCCGACAGCAGCAAUAGCUCAUCGGGCGAAGCCGCCGCCGCCGCCGACCCGGCCGUCCCUGAUUCCCUCCAAGCGGGCGACCCUAACGGCCACCCGCUAGACCAGGGCGGCUGCUUUGUGUGCAAGAAGAACGACAAGCAGGACCUCAUCCUCCUGUGCGACGGCUGCGAAGGCGAGUACCACACCUUCUGCGUGGACCCCCCCCUCCGCAAGAUCCCCGACGACGAGUGGUUCUGCGCGCACUGCAAGGCCACCGGCAAGGCAGGGCCGAAGGAAUCCAAGUAUACCGGCGUCUACUGGAGCGGCACGACCAGGAUCGGCGGUGUCCGCACAGUUGUGUGGACGGCCAAGAUCCGCAGACGGUCUGGCCGCCGCGAGGCGAUCAUCGGCUCGUACCAUUCCGAGAAGGAGGCUGCCGGAGCCUACGACGCCGAGGCGAAAAGGGUUUUUGGUGACACCCACCCCGUGCUUAACUUCCCGAACGGUAGCUGGGAGGAUGAGCCGGACGAGCCCGAGGGACCGAGCCAGCCGCAAAAGGCCGAGGAGAAGAAGCCACAACAGCUGAAACAGUCACAGCCGGGCUUGCAGCAGCCGAAGCAGCCACGGCCGGUCGCACAGCAGCUGAAACAGCCCGAACAGCAGUCGAAACAGCCCAAACAGCCACGCGAGGUCGAACAGCCUGCCAAGCAGCAGCCUGCUAAGCAGCAGCGGGCCGAGCGGCCGGUGGCAGUCGCGCCGCCGCCGCCGGUCGAGACGCGGCCCCCCUCGCGAAAAGAGACGGCGGCGCCGAUCAAGACGAGCCAGGCGGUACCCCCACUGAGGCCUCCUGUGAUCAGCGGGCACUACCCCGGUGCCGGACAAGGUCCAGAAGGCAGCGACGCCUGGGUCGACAUCAGCGACGUCGGCGGCCAGGGCACCAGCACGUCUCGUGCGCGAGGAGGAGGAGGAGGAGCAGGAGCUGGCGGCGGGAGUAGCGGCCUUGCGUCCGUCAUCUUCAACGCGUCCGCGGGUGCCGGCGUUGGAACCUCUCAGAGGGCAAGCUCGGCGGGAGCGGGAAACGGCGUGUUGCGCGCGAUGGGACCGCCCCCAGCAGGAAUGCUCGGCAGCGCCGGAGCGGCUUCCGGGUACUUGGCGGCUGCGGGGGGGGGCGCGACCACUGGCGCCGCCGCUUACGGUGUUGGCGUCAGCGGAGGCAGCAGCACCAGCGGGUUCAGAAGCAGCCAAGGUCAGGGCCAAGGCCAAAGCCAAGGCCAGGGCACCACCAGCCUCGGCAUGCUCGGCGUCGCAUCCGCAUCCUCCUCUUCCCUCCCUUCCACCGGCUUUGCUCCCGCUCCCCACAGGGUCGACAAAGGGGCCAUCAGACCCGGCGCGUCUGCUUCUGCCGCCGCUGCUACGGCCGCCGCUGCUAUCGCCGCCGCCGCCGCCGCCGCUGCUGCUGCCGCUUCCGCUGCUGCUUCGGGUGGCAAGAGACCCGCCCCCCCGGGUCUGCCGCAGCUCUCGAUCAACGUCCCAGCUCAGGGCCCCGGCGGGGAGAUGUCCAGCGGGGCGUCAUCGGCGUCGCGCAAGGGAAAGGGAAAGGGAAAGGGGAAGGGUGUUAGCGGUGGCGGGGCGGACGCGGGCGGUCAGAAGCGGGCGAAGGUUGCCAACGGAUUGGAGGGGCACAAUGAAGGGACCGGUCAAUGCCUUGCUGCUGUGAUGAACCACGGCUCCACGAAAGCCAACACCGGCCACCUUAACAACGGCGUCGGCACCGGCGGCGACGGCGUGACUCCGCCUCCCGGGGGAUUCCGGGUCGGGAACGCAAAGGUGGCCGGGAGCCAUCCCCGCGCCGCCACUCCGACGCACUCCGGCGGCGAGAAAGGUGGUUCUGGCGGCGGCGGCGGUGCUUCAGCGAGUGGAGCGGCCGGCGGGGCGCCGCCUGACUCCGAGCGGACGGGUCACUCCGGAGUGAAGGGGAAGGGGAAAGGGAAGGGGAAGGGGAAGAAGCGGUCUCCUUGGGGCGGGAAGGACUGGGCCGGGAAGCCCGCGUCCCAGGCGGUCAAGGACGACCUCCUGGCGGAAGUCUCGCUGUGGAGCGUCGCGCAGGAUGGAACCUUGGUCGGGGAAGACGGCAAUCACUUCUUCUGCAGUGCUUGCGGCGAGUCCGGCGACCUCACCUGCUGCGAUGAGUGCCCCCGGGUGUUCCACGAGGAAUGCCUCCCGAUCGGCACGGAUAGCCACCUUGCCGCUAACCGCCAAACGGAGGAGGACCCGUGGUACUGCCCGUCCUGUACCGACGCCGGACGGGUCAAUCUGAUAGCCGGGAAAGAGCCUAACUGGACCCCGGAGGAUCGCGCGCAGAUGGCCAAAAGCGAGGAGACGAAGGCGAAGAAACCCCACAAGGCCAAAGGCGGCGAGCUGCAGCGGGAGAGAUCGUCGUCUGUGACGACCUCACCGCUGCUGACGAGCCCUGAAAAGAAGACCAGGUGCAAGAACCCGAAGCGCGCGGCGGCGGCCGCGGCUGCGGCUGCGGCCGCGGCGGCCGCGGCGGAGGCGGCGGCGCAGGCGGCGGCGCAGGGGUACUCCACCGUGCCGCUGACGGUGGUCAACGUCAACGACGUGGUGGACCCGCCGCGCGAAGUCAGCCGAGUCAAGGUCUUCUCCCCCGAGCUGGACAACCUCCUCCUGCGGUCCCUGCUGUACGAGGAGAAGCACGUGCACAUCCUGACGAGGAACGUCGCCAAGAGGCCGAGGCCGCGAAACCGGACGCCUGCUCAUCAGCAGAAGGCCGCCGCCCGCGAUGGCGGCGGACCCCUGGACCUGGGACGGAAGGAGGGAGGGGUGCCUCAAACGACGGGCAGCGUCCCGGGAGACGGCGAAGACGCCAGCAACCGGCGGGGGCGGACGAACGGCAACAAGAGAACGGCCGACGAGGAGCUCGGAGCGCUGGCGGCGCACCUUCCCAUCUCGCCCCGAGCCGGGAAGAGGCCGAAGCACCACGCCUACACCGACAAGCGGAGGCUCGGGGCGCCCUUCGCCGGAGCGCUGGGCCCGGGCAGGGUCUUCGACGGCACAGCGGUGAGCUUCGGCGCUCGCGCGACGGGACCCUUCCGCGCCGGCCUGGCGGCCACCAUGGUAGAGAUGGGGCUCGUGCCAAGCGAGGUAGCGACAGAAGCUGGGUACCGGGAGCUCGCCAAGGAGGAGCGCGCUCUCACCCGACAGGUCGAGAAGAGGGACGCGGCGGCUGGGGCGGAGGGUUCGUCGAGAGUUUUCGGUUCUGCGGGAGAUGACUGGCGGUUGCGCGUGCCGUCGUCCGACCUCAAGAUUGGCUCGUCAAGCUGGAAGUCUCAACCGGCGGAGAGCAGCAUUGAGGAGGAACAACCAGCGCGGAGAAUAGAUACGCCGCGCGGAGCGAGCAAGAGCGGCGGCGACGGCAGCGGUACCAGCGAAGGCUUCCCGGCGAAAGAUACCGAGACACCGCGCGAUGGCGGCAGCAGCAGCGCCGGUGGCCGGCGGCAGACCCUAGACGGCGGUAGGGUGAGCGACCACAUGGACGUGGGCGGGGACGAGAGCAACGGGGUGAAGCACGGCGCCCGAGGGUCCGGGAAAGGGCCGGGUAGCGGCGGGUCGGGGGGGAGUGGUCAUAUUCACGUCCGCCGACCCCCCUCGUCGAGUGGCAGCAACGACGGAGGAGCCGGCGGCGGUGGCGGCGGCCGGCCAGCACGGCAGGAAAAACAAGACGACGCGCCACCCACUGCGAAAGCAAGCACUGCCGGCGGCGGCGACCGCGAGAAAGUCACUCUCGGGAAGAAAGACCCCCUGCGCAAGGAGAACCGCAUGUGGAACCUGAAGCAUAUGCGAGCGACCCAGGAGGGAAAGAUGGACGUGUGCGCGUACUGCCGCUUGCACCCGGACGGCGGGCUGAUGGUCUGCUCCAGCCAGGAACUGGCGAAGAUGCACUCCUUCUGCUUCCCGUGCCUGAAGAGGAAGGACGGCAUAGAAAAGUCUGACCUCGUCGGGGGCGGCAUCAAGGGGAACGGCCAGCAGGUGUCUGUGGCGGGCGGGCGUUCCAGAGAGCCAGAAGGCGGGGCGGCGGGCUCCGGGGGGGGACACGCGGGGAUAAAGCGGCCGUCGUCCUCAGCCGAGCUGUCGGCGGCGGCAGCCGCUGCACGGGAGAGCGAAGCGCGUCGCCAGUCUGCCUCCCCUCCCGCUUCGAGGGGGGCCGCCUCCUCUGGCUCGGCAAGAGGAGGUGGGGGCAGCAGGGAAGGGGAUGCGUUUGGCUUCCGCCGAGAUGCUUCUCCCCGCGGAGGUGGCACCAGCAGCAGCGGCGGCGGCGGCGGCGGGGGCGGCACCUCUCGUGGUGCCGUUGGCAACGGUAGCGGCGUCAGCGGCGGCAACAUGUCCCGGGGGACCGGCGCCGGCGGCAGUCGCCUUGACGUGGAGACGGAACCACAACAAGAAGAACAAGAACACCUUGACGGCCAGCUGCCGAUCGAACGGCGGCGCCUGCUGCGCAUGGUGGCCACGCUCGCGCUCGACCGUCUGCAGCAGCUGGACCCGCUCAACCUGUUCAAGGACCCGGUGCCCGACGGCGUAGAGGGGUACGCGGAGGCGAUCGAGCACCCGAUCGACUUCUCGACCAUCCGGCGGCGGUCGCAGUGGGAGCUGUACGGGUCGAUCCACGAACUCGCCCUGGACGUGCAGCUGCUGUGCGCCAACGCGAGGACGUUCAACGGCCCCGGCACCAUCUACCACGAGGAGGCCACGAACGUUCUCAAGGGAGCGGAACGGAUCUGGCCCCAGGCGCAGGCCCUGCUGGACCGCCUCACCUCCGCCGAGACCGAGGCCUCCCGGCACAACAUUAUGGGCCCGGCCGCCUCCUCCGACGCUUGGCCUCUCGACGGGCCAUUCGCCGGAUUCGAGCUCACCCCGGCCAACGAGGACGCGUACUACAUGCACGUGGCCAUCAGGCGCGCUUCCGCGGCCGCUCGCGCCCGCGCGGAGCAGGAGGCGAAGGAGGACAAGGAGGAAGGUUCAUCCGCCGCGGGCAGCGGAGGGGGCAAGAAGAAGAGGAGAUCGGAGGGGGAGUUGGCGGCCCGCCGGGGGAGGGUCGAGGCGGCGGUUGAGGUGGCGGUGGCGGUGGCUUCGAGCCCGGCGCUGCUGUACACCCGCGGGGAGAUUGGCGAGGAGGAGAGCGCGCUGAGGGAGUCGCUGUCGCUGUACAGGACAGACUGCACCGAUAAGGCUCUGAGGCGACCGGUUGGGAGCGCCAAGUGUGAACCCAUCGACCUCCCCACGUUGCACAAGCGCAGGGCGUACACGCUUCCCAUGCCAACUCUGAUGACCCGGCAGUUCGCUGCCCCGGACGGAGAGUUCCUUGCCCAGUCACCCGAAGACCAGCUGGUACCCAGUGGCCCCAAUCCCAGCCUUGGGGAGGAGAUCAAGGUCGAGGCUCCGAAAGCGGUGGUUCCCGAGUGGAAGGUGCUGCAGGCGGCCCACGGGGCGAGGGAGCGGAGCGGGGAGGAGGCGGGGCGGCACUUGCGCGCGUUCCGGGGGUUCUUGAAGGAGAUCGCCGUCGUCUCGAGGACACGCCUACGCUUGGGGAAGUCGACCAUACAGGGGUUCGGCGUCUUCACCACCCAAGCCAUCGGUGCCCAUGAGCUGGUGGCCGAGUUCGUGGGGGAGCGCAUUAAGCUCGACGAGGCGAAAAAGCGAGUCAAGGGGUACCGCCGGACCAACACUCAGGAACGCGUUGUUCGCUUCGGCGAGGACGAGAUGUUCAUCGACGCCACUCGCAAGGGAAACCUCGCUCGGUUCUUGAACCACUCGUGCGACCCAAACGUCUACAUGCUGGCGGUGACCGCGGGCAAGGGGGACUCGCAAGAGAAGCGCGUUUGCUUUUUCUCCCUGAGGAAGAUUCCCGCUGGAGAGGAGCUCUUGUACUCGUACCCGGCCCCUCACACCGUCGGCCUAGGAGGAUCGGCGGUGGCCAUGGAGUGCGCUUGCCGGGCGCCAGGGUGCCGCGGGCGCCAAAGCAAGAGAGAGGACCAGCUUUAAGAGAACGCGCGUUCUUUUCUACCCUUCUCUUUCUUUUUUUUUCGGAUGGUCUUGUCAGGCAAAAGGUUUUGUGUCGUCGUCUGAAUCGAGGCAGAGCCAUACAAGCAGGUUCUCUCUCUGCGUGUGGUUUCUUGAAGGCAGGAGGAUCGCGUCGGGUGUACUCUACGAGACCAUGGGGCUACUGCUGCGUGCUGCUGAACUUUCUAGUUGUGCUCUGUGCUGCAGAGCAGCUCAACAAUAGAAGUUCGUACUGCUGUGCUCUUGGGUACCACUGAAAGGAAUUGCCUUUCAAGCAUGAACAUGGUCGGGAUAGACAGUCCCGACCGGUGUAGCUUAAAAAAAAAAACGCCCAACAACAUUCCAAUUUUUUCUGCUGAUUGCAACCGGGCAUGUAAGAUACGGGGAAAGGAUCGGGCCCGACUGUGUUUCCACAGCAGUCAGGUCCAAGGGUGGUUCGAAAGCAGUUGUUGUAAUAGAUAGCCUGACAAUACUCGAUACGAGAACCAGUCGACGAGUAUUCUCGGUGUCACCCGGCGGUUGUCGUCAUCGGUGCAAGCUCUCGGCGCGAUAAGAGCGUGAGAAGGAUGGGCGGGUGGGGCCCCUCAAAGUAAAAAGAAACCGUGUGCAGCAGCCAGUAGUAGGGUAGAGGGACGACCAACCUCCCCCUCUGGGUUAAGCUAGCGGGCGCCAUACGUAAGAGAACAUAGACGAUUUUUUAUGUGUACUUGCACGCUUUUUUUGUGUGUUCGCUUUAUGGUCUCCGCGUGGUGUUGUGAUUUGUAUCGUCAUCGGAUACUACCGGUGUUGCCUUUUGAUUAAGGAUAACAGGGCAAUUCCGAUGCGGCGGAAUGAUAGUGAUUUGUAUUGUCUACCGGUGUUGCUGUUUAACUAAGGAUAGCAGGGCGAUUCCGAUGCGGCGGAAUAGGUGAUUUGUAUCGUGGUCGGAUACCUCCGGUGUUGCCGUUUGAUUAAGGAUAACAGGACGAUUGUCCGAUGCGGCGGAAUAGCGCGGUGGGGGGCCCCGUCACUUAUCAUUUAGCAGGGGCUCUCGUGGUACUGAUUUUUAGUGUUCGGUUUCGUUCUAUGAGAUCAUGUGUGGAAGUAUGUCGCUUUUGGGCAGUAGUGAGGAGGGGGGCUAACUGUGGUUGAGGUGUAGACCGACGGCAUUCCGUAAAAUGGUUCUUCUGAAGGAGAGUGCACGAAGUCGGACGAUUGCGUUAGUGUUGUUUUGUACCGGCGAGUGGUGGGCUCGUCUUGAAGUGUUGAAUCGAUUCUGUACCUUGAAACAUUAGCUGGGGAUGAUGGUAGCAAGCAGAUGGUGCGGUGCGCGUAGGCGGGUUGAGGCGGCGGCG